UAUAUUAAAUUAAUGGAACAUAAAUUAACAAUAUCUUCUUUUGCAAGAUUUUAGGAGUUUGGUAUAUAUUAAAUUUAAUUAGUACAUUAAUUAGUAAAUUAAUUAAAAAUGUAGAACACCAGUUUGAUAAAAUCUCUAAAAGCCUUACAUGUAUCAACAUGCUCCUUAAAAAUUCGACUGUGAUCGUGAUCAAAUCUCUAAAAGCCUUACAUGUAUCAAAAUCCCUAAACGCUAUUGCUCCUUAAAAAGACAUCGGCUUUUUUGCACCACAAUUCAACGUUUUUUAAAAAAUAUUAUUAUUAUAGAAAUUUUAUUGUUUUUUUUUUUCUUUUGAAAUAUAUUAAAUUAAUGGAACAUAAAUUAACAAUAUCUUCUUUUGCAAGAUUUUAGGAGUUUGGUAAAUAUUCGAUUUAAUUAGUACAUUAAUUAGUAAAUUAAUUAACAGUGUAGAACAGCAGUUUGAUCAAAUCUCUAAAAGCCUUACAUGUAUCAAAAUGCUCCUUAAAAAUUCGACCGUGAUCGUGAUUGGUACCAAAAUUCAAAACUUAGUAACCCUAGAUUAACUGUUUCGAAUAUGGCGAAGCGGUCCAAUGUCCCUAAUUCAGUAAGCCUAACACAACAUUAUGGUGCUGAUGCCGCUCAAGGCUCCUCAAAUACGGCCAGUGAGGGCAAGGAGUAUGGGAGCCAACGGAGGAAAAUUACUGCUCAAGGCGGCACGCCUGAAACGCAGGACCACCACAAGAGGGAAAUUACUACUGAUGGCACAUCUUAUGCGCCCGACGAAGUCGAGGAGUAUAGGCUACGGAGGGAAAUCCGUGUUGUAGGCUGGGAUGAUGUUCCGGACCCCAUCACGACUUUCGAUAACACUCGGUUUCCAGAACAUGUUAUACAAGAAUUUUCAAAAGCUGGAUUUGUUCGACCUACACCAAUUCAAGCUCAAGUAUGGCCAAUGGAUUUGGAGGACCGUGACCUUAUUGGUAUUGCUCAACCAGGAUCCGGGAAGAUGCUAGGGUAUCUGAUCCCUGCAAUUUUCCAUGUAAACUCCCAGCCAAAACGAUCUAGUGGUGGAGAUGGCCCAAUAGUAUUGAUUUUAGCUCUAACAACUCAACGCGCUGAACAAAUCCAACAGGAGGGUGCUAAAUUUGCUGCAGCUUACAACAUUAAAGUCUUAUCCGGCUUGUACCUGCUUAAGCAUGAAAAUUCUGGUCAGACUUGUGGAGGUGGGAUUUUAAUCGACACACUUAGUAGCUUGCUUGUUUUGUUAAAGAGCAAAAGUACGAACUUGAAAAGCGUUACAUACCUUGUGUUGGAUGGUGCUGAUUGGAUGCUAUCAGACACGCAUGAGCCUCAAAUUCGAAAUAUAUUAUCUCAGAUCUGUUUAGACUAUCAAAAAUCAUUCUGGGGUGCUAGCUGGCUAGAAGAGGUUGAUAAACGGGCAAAACUAUUCCUUCACAACGCAUGCAAAGUUCAAAUAGUUUCUCCAAUUCUGAAAGUGACACCUCCGGUCAACCAAAUUGUUUACGUCCUUACUGAAGAUCAGAAAUAUAACAAGUUGGUCGAGCUGCUAGGUGGUAUAUUGGAUGGCAGCAGAAUAGUGAUAUUCAUGGAUACAAAGAAAGGAUGUGAAUCACGUGAUCAGAUCGCCCUGCAGCUUUGCACGGACGGUCAGCACGUAGUCUUGGUUCAUGAAAACGAAAGUCAAGCGGAAAGGGUCCGGAUUGUCUCUGAGUUUCAAGCUGGCAAGAUCCCCAUAAUGAUUGCAACAGAUGUUGCCGCUCGUGAUCUAGAUCUGAAGGAUGUGAAAUAUGUUAUCAAUUACGACUUUCCGGGAUCCCUUGAUGAUUAUGUUUACCACAUUGACUGCUUUGGAAGUGCUGCAGCAAAAGGAACAGCAUACACAUUCUUUACAACUGCUAAUGCUGGAUGCGCAAAGGGACUUACCAUCUUACUCAAGAAAGCUGGACAGAAUGUUAGUUCUGAAUUGGAACAACUGGGGCGUGAUGUAACAUAUCCAGGAACCUACAUACCUCGGACGUGGCGCUGGGAGGCUAACAACAAAAUGACUGGAUAUGGUCAUUUCUCUCCUAUGUAUCUGCCUUACCCCAAUACUGAAAAACAUGCACGUUACGCCCUGGAGGAAAUCAGGAAAAUAAAGGGGCUCCAAGCGCAUUUUGUGAGAGUGGUGGAGGCAUACGAAUUCUCUACCUUGUGUUUUUUUGUUAGUAUGACUUAUCUUACUUUUGAGGCCGCUGACCCCGCAACUUACGAAAAGAAGCUUUACCGAGCAAUAGUUGUUAAGGCGAGUGGCAAAAAGGAUUUGAUGUUGUUUGGUAUGGUCAAUUCUGAUGGCCGUUUGUCAAAAAUGCAUGACAUCAGAGAGGGAGUCGAAUAUCCAAUCUAUAGUAUCUGGCGAGAAGACGAUGAGGACGAUGAAGACAAUGAAGACGACAAUGAAGAUGAGGAUGAAGACGACAAUGAAGAUGACGAUGAAGACGGCAGUGAAUGAUGGGGCACCAGUCUCAUUGACAAUAAGUGACAACUGUUAUUGCAAUGGUUAAGAGAAUGGAAGGAGUCGGCCGGGGCGGGGCUACUGCAGGCUAGGGCAACCCUAACAUGACUCUGGAUAUUGAUUAGGCUUGUUUUGGAGACCGUAAAUUAUGUAAUAUGUGGUUGUGUUUGGAUAUGAGAGUUGGAAAACCCAAUGACCAUGUGUUAGACUUCAGUAGACCUAAACUAACUAAUUUCGACGUUGUUUGAACAACAGUUU